GAAAAGGUUUUUUCAAAGAAUCAAAAAGGACAUCAUGGAGAGGGACUAGAAGAUCCAGAGACCACCACACUUUCCCUCGCCCCUUUCGUUUUUGCUCAGAGGCACAGGCCUCACAUGUCGCGAGGCGUUCUUUGUGUGAGCCUGAGCUAAGAGGCGAGAGGGGUCGUGGACUCGUGGGUGUGUCGUGUGUCCCCUGUUUAAGCAGCCCAUAAGAGCCAAAGCCAGGACAAACCCGCUUCCUUCCUCUCAACUCUUCUCCCACAUUUCUCUAUCUUCAUGUGUUCUUGAAAAAGAACAAAACCAGGGAAAGAGAGAGGGAGGAAAAAUUAAUGGGAGGAAGAAAACAAAGAAUGGAGGAGCUUCUUCCUCUUCUCCUCCUCGUUCUUGUGAUUCCCGUUUGGACUGAUGCAAUGGGUAGUGACCCACCUCUGUCCCCUAUGUCAGCUCCUCCCGAUCCCUCUCCUCCUUCUCUUCCCUCCUCUCCAGUCUCCACUUCAAUGGCUGCUUUCUCUCCAGAUACAGGAGGCAGGAGACACCGGUUGGAUUCACAUGAGAAGUUGCUCGUCGCUCUCAUUGCUUCUUGUUCUUUAGUGGGUGCAAUCAUCCUGAUCUUCAUGGGCCUUUGGCUUUAUCAGAAUAAGUUCACCAAGAAGUCCACCAAAAAGAGCUCUCUGAGAUCAGAAGCUGAAAGGGGGCUUGCAUUAGCUCCGUUUUUGGGUAAAUUUAGUUCUUUGAAGACGGUUAGUCGGAAAAACUCCAUUGCGUUCUUUGAAUACAAGCUUCUGGAGAAGGCAAGCAACAGUUUUUCGGACAGUAACGUUUUGGGGGAGGGCGGAUUUGGACGUGUAUACAAGGCUAGGUUGGAUGACGACAAGCAUGUUGCUGUCAAGAAGCUAGACUGUGCGAGUCAGGAUGCCGUUAGAGAGUUCGAGAAUGAGGUGAAUUUGUUGAGCAAGAUGCAGCAUCCGAAUAUAAUUUCCCUCCUGGGUUAUAGCAUCAAUUGUGAGACAAGGUUUAUUGUUUAUGAAUUGAUGCAGAAUGGCUCAUUGGAGACUCAGUUGCAUGGACCUUCUCGAGGAUCAGCAUUAACUUGGCAUAUGCGGAUGAAAAUCGCUCUAGAUACAGCGAGAGGAUUAGAAUAUCUGCAUGAGCACUGCAAUCCAUCAGUCAUCCAUAGAGAUCUGAAAUCAUCCAAUAUACUUCUCAAUGCCAACUUUAAUGCUAAGCUUUCAGAUUUUGGCCUUGCUGUGACUGACGGAUCCCAAAAUAAAAGCAAUGUCAAGCUUUCGGGCACACUGGGUUAUGUAGCUCCGGAGUACCUAUUGGAUGGUAAACUGACGGACAAGAGUGACGUGUAUGCUUUUGGGGUCGUGCUGUUGGAGCUUCUCUUGGGAAGGAAGCCCGUGGAGAAACUUGCACCAGCUCAAUGCCAAUCUAUCGUCACAUGGGCCAUGCCUCAGCUUACUGACAGAUCAAAGCUUCCAAAAAUUGUGGACCCUGCGAUAAAAGAUACCAUGGAUAUGAAACACUUAUACCAGGUCGCUGCUGUGGCUGUGUUGUGCGUGCAACCGGAGCCGAGCUACCGUCCGCUGAUAACGGACGUGCUACACUCUCUCAUCCCACUCGUGCCGGUCGAGCUCGGGGGUACCCUGAGAGCUGCAGUGCAGUCUGGUAACUAAGAUACGCGCGCAAGAAAAUGCGUUUGCGGGCAGCUUUUUAAGAGUGUCGGGUCCUCUAGAAUGCUCAAAACACGGCGGCUGAGCAGCGGAGACCGCGCUUCGCGUAUGGGUUCACGGUCAUACCGGGUGUCGUGUGACUCGUGUCAAAACGAAAGUGGGCCUGACAGGAGAAGUGCUUAUUUAUGUACCAAUCUGUAAAUUGCGGGACUAUAUAUAAUGGAAUGGGUUUCAUAUGGUAUUGCUAAACAGUUUGCCGGGGGCGGAACGUCGAUUACUUCUCGCUCGAGAUUUCUGAUUUGAAUAUAGAUUGAGAAUACUCCUCGAUACUUUUAAACGUCUGCAUAUAUACGAAAUAUUGUAUGAUUGGUCUU